CUGGGCUCUGGCUUUACUCUCUUUAAACACAGGUCAGUGGAGAAUCAUUCUGUGAUCAGUCAGUUCUUUUCUCCUAACAGGUUAUUUCCCUGUCUCAGACAGUCUGACCCAGCAGGACCAUGGCUGAGUCUAACUUCCCCCUGCCUCCAGAUGGCUACACAUGUCUUCUGUGUGCAGACAUGCUGCGAGACCCCGUCACCAUCUCCUGUGGAGACACCUACUGUCUGGAGUGCAUCAAGAUCUACUGGGACCAGUACGACCACCUGGGGGUGUACAGCUGCCCACAGUGCCGGGCCACUUUCAGCCCUCGCCCCGUGCUGAGACGCAAUGUGCCCAACGUGACCCAUGAGCUCGAGCUGCAGCCCUUCCCCUACCUCCAGAGGGAUUCACUGUGUGACUUCUGUGUAGGCCGCCGCAGCAAGGCUGUCAAGUCCUGCCUGAUGUGCCUGGCCUACUACUGCGAGACACACGUCAAGCCUCACUACGAGUCGGCCACCUUCAAGAGGCACAAGCUGGUGGAUGAGACGGGUCACCUGGACAGGAAAAUCUGUCCGCAGCACCAGAAGGGCCUGGAGCUCUUCUGUCGCUCGGACCAGAUGUGUAUCUGUGUGCUGUGUACAGUCCGGGAGCACCGCAGCCACAACAUCAUCUCUGCUGAGGAGGAGCGCGCUGAGAAACAGAAAAACCUGGCAGUGACCCAGUCUGAGGUCCAGCACAUCAUUCAGGAGCAGAUGAAGGAACUGCAGGAGUUGAGACACAAUGUUAACGUUCUCAAGAGUAAUGCCCAGCGGGUGAUAUCGGACAGUGAUAAGAUCUUCAGUGAGAUGUUGCAGGCAGUGGAGCGAUGGCACGCUGAGGUGAGCCAGCUGACUAAGGCCAACAUGCAGGUGGCCAUGUCACAGGCUGAGGGAUACGUGGAGCGGCUGGAGCAGGAGAUCCUGGAGCUGCAGCGCAAAGAUGUUGAGCUGCGCCAGAUCCUGGACACAGAGGAUAACAUCCACUUCCUACAGAAUUUCCCCACGCUGUGUGUUCCUCCUGAGCCCAUGGUGCCCAAAGUACUAAUCAACCCCCAGUUCUCCUUCGGAGAGAUCACGAAGACUGCCACCGACAUGAAGGAGCAUCUAGAUGACAUCUGUAAGAAGGAGCUGAGCAAAAUCUCCAAGCUAGUAAGUGAUACCCCUGUUUACAUACUUUCACCAAGAGGUGGAGACAAACAAUUCAAAGCACCCUCCAGGGCAGAUUUUCAGGAACCCAAAACUAGGGCAGACUUCCUGAGAUAUUCCUGUCCGCUCACCUUUGACCCCAACACAGCCUACAAAGAACUGGUUCUGUUUGAAGGGAACCACAAAGUGAUGCGGAAGAAAACAGUCCAGUUUUACCCGGACCACCCCGAGCGAUUCGAUGGCUUCUCCCAGGUUCUAUGCAGGGAGUCACUAGGUGGGUUCAGGUACUACUGGGAAGCAGAGUGGAGCGGGGAGUUCUCAAUCGGAGUGGCCUAUAAGAGCAUCAGCCGCAAGAGUAAGAACUCUCACAGUCUGCUGGGCUACAACGACAAGUCCUGGAGUCUGCUCUGCUCUGACUCGGGCUACUCCGCAUGGCACAACAAGAUGGACAAAGACCUGCCAGAGGCCCCGCGGGCCACACGGGUUGGAGUGUACUUGGACUACACUGCCAACACGGUGGCCUUCUACUCUGUGUCAGAGGCCAUGGAGCUGAUCCACAAAUUCAAGGCCCAGUUCUCUGAGCCCCUGUAUGCAGGCUUUGGAGUGGGUUCUUCCGUGUCCCUCUGCCAACUAAAGGAGAACCUCCAACCUUACCGAGCACAGUGAUAACAGACUGAAGGGCAUCUACUCAGUGAAAAUACGACUAUGUAAACUACACAUUGCUAAUGUUGCACACAUUACGAAACAUUUAAAUUUAACACAUUUCAAUAAAAUAUAAAACUGUAUGAGUGAAGAGUUAAGGAUAUUGCAAAUGAUAAAAACAGAAACUAUAAUCAAAUCAUUCCUUUGACUUUAUUACUGUGACAUGUAAUCUUAGUCAAAGAUCAUUCCUAAAUUGGAAAUAUAUCAAUGGUUCUCUUUACAAACUGUGCAAGUAAAUAAAUAUGAACAU